ACAGACACCGUUCUGGGGGGGAGGGGGCUGGCUGACUGCUCAGGGGCCCCUGCUGCUGCGACUCUCUGGAUAAUCACAGCCGCCGCUCUCCCGACCCCCCAGUUAUAACCACCGCCGGCCGGGGAUCCGGGGGCGGGACUGGCGCCCAGGGCGUGGCCAAGGCGGUGGGCGUGGCCAAGACACCUGGAAGUGGACGGGACACGUGGGGUGCGGGAGCCGAAUGUAAACAGAGAGCGGUGUCGGGGGCCCCGCGGGCGUCGGGGGGAGGCGAUGCCGUUUUUGCAGCUCUUUGGGAGACUGAGGUCCGUAGUCAUUGGGAUGGUGCACCUGAGAGCUUUACCAGGCACGCCGCGCUGCACGUCAUCAGUGGGGCAGAUUCUGGAGGAGGCUUGUAAGGAAGCUGAGAUCUACAGGAAGGCUGGCAUUGACGGCCUGAUGGUGGAGAACAUGAAUGACGUCCCGUAUACCCUGCACGUCGGACCGGAGGUUACGGCAUCCAUGGCCGCGGUGUGCGCCGCUGUCAGGCAGACGUGCCCACAGCUCCCUCUAGGGGUUCAGGUCCUCGCUUGCGCCAAUCAGCAAGCCUUGGCGGUGGCGCUGGCAGCAGGGCUGGACUUCAUACGAGCCGAGAGCUUUGUCUUCUCUCACGUCGCUGAUGAAGGACUGGUGAGCGCCUGCGCUGGAGACCUGCUGCGGUACCGCAAGGCUGUGGGCGCGGAGCACGUCCAGAUCUUCGCCGACAUUAAGAAGAAGCACAGCUCCCACGCCGUGACUGCGGACGUUACGAUAUCGGAGACGGCAAAGGCAGCGGAGUUCUUCUUGGCGGAUGGCGUUAUAUUGACCGGCGUCGCUACAGGACAAGAAGCAGAUCCACGAGAACUGAAAGAGGUCCAGCGCUGCGUCCAGAUUCCCGUUCUCGUCGGGUCGGGGGUGACGCUGGAUAACCUGGAGAAGUACUCCGACGCCAGCGCCUUGAUCGUCGGCUCCUACUUCAAACGUGGCGGCGACUGGAGAAACAACGUGGACUACGAGAAGGUCGUGACCUUCAUGGACAAGGUCAAUAAGCUGCGGGACUGAUGGACAGUCAGCUGGUACUGCCCCCUGGUGGCCACUAUGGGAGUAGUAGUCCCAGUCCUGGGUAUAGGGCUCUGGACCUUUCGACCUACCUCUGAUUUCCCACAAAUUGUUAAAUUUUUUA